UCCCAGUAUUUAAAAGGCUUCUCAGAGGCUAAACUGAAAGUGUUACUGGUGCAGCAGUGGAGUAGAGCAAGAUGUUGCAGAUCUACAUACUCUUUGGCUUGUUGUUUAAAGCCUCAGCGUCUCAGAUCACCGGUUAUGGAAAUGGAACAGCUGACUACGGCGGGGAGGCGCGAUAUAAAUGCAUAUUAGCAGAUCCAACAGGUGUGCUCCAGGUCACGUGGCAGAGGCUUUUCAAGGAUGACUCCAUUGAGAAUUUAGCAACCUACAGCAAGCGGUUUGGACUGCAAGUAAAUGAGCCCUACGUGGGGAAAGUGAUCUUAGCGGAAGCGUCCCUCACUUCAACAUCCAUCCUUGUAAAGAAUGUAACAUGGGAAGAUGAAAGCUGCUACAUCUGUUCCUUCAAUGUGUAUCCCGAUGGGUCCAAAAGGAAGAAGACCUGCCUCACAGUGCAAGGAAUAUCCAAGGUGAAUACAGGAGUGCAACUCGUCAGCAGCGAAAACGAGGAAAGAGACAUGGAGGAGGUUGUGUUCAGCUGCUCUGCAACAGGAAAACCAGCCCCAACCAUUCAGUGGGCCAUCUCACCUCACCUCACCAGCUUAGACCAACUACAGUCGACAGUAGCCAACGGCGACCACACAUUUACCAGCUCCCGCAACAUCACUCUGAAAGUUCCUCUGGACUGGAAGGGACAUGUGGAUUGCAUGCUGAACAGUGGAAUGAUUGGACAAAGGCGCGAGAGGAUCCCCUUUUCUUCAAGUCUUGGGAAGAUUAAAAAGGAGGGGAAAGGACUGUCUCAGUCAGGGGUUGCAGUUAUAGUUUGUGCCAUGCUGUUAAUUUCCUGCUUUGCGGUUGUUGCUGGAAUAAAGUUUAAAAGGUCAAAGGGCAACACACAACAAAAUAAUACUUGCACGCAACUGCCGUCAUCUGUCGUCUGAGGUCCUAACCAGAGCAGCAGUUCUGCUCUUUGAGGUUAAAAUGCAACAAAACAAAUGAAACACACAUUUGACCUUUCCUGUAGUCAUCUUAUCACAGUGAAUAUUCAAGCACGCAAGCAUUAUACAAAUACUUUAGCUGUGUAACAGUGAAUUAAGCUAAGAUCAAUUUUCCACAGGUCAUCACAGCACAUAAUAGUGUUUUGAAAACGAACUAAUUCACAUUUCUUUUAAAUAGUAAAACCUCAGCACUUUAACUUUGUUCAUGGAGCUUUAAGCAAAGCGUUGCUUCAGGCUUUGCAGAAUGUAAAAGUACAGGGAACAUGACCGAUGUUUCAUAGGAGUAUUACAAGACUUGCUUCUAAGCAACUCUGAGGUGACAAGUAAAUGACAGUUUACAUUGAAGCAGAAUGAAUCAAGAAUGUACAACUUUUAAUCAGUUUACUCUUAUUCAGGGUGACUGUGCAAUAGUGAAGCUUUUCUUCUGGCAGAUUAGAACAAGCUGAUGUGUUUUGGUGACAGAUGGGAGUUGAAAAUGAGGAACUGUGUGAGUCAGUAAUGUGACAGACUGGGCU